ACCUUUAAAGGAGCCAGGGAAGAGCUAGUGACACAGAUUUGGCAUCAUUUGGAGGGGGGAUUUCUGAAAUGCGGCCGCUCCACCAUUAAAAGUAGAGUGUGGUUUCACCACUUCACACGAAGCCGGAUGUUGUCUCUUGAGGACUGUGUUUAAGAAUAGGGGCGGGGGUGGUUUCCGGUCCUGCCGGCAGCCCAAAGAGCUCAGAAGGAAGCGUGGAUCAGAGGCAGUCUUCAAAGAACAAAGUGGCACAUCCGUGAUAAAUCCCCCAGCCACAGAUUUGGCUGCACCACAGACCCCAGCACCGAUCUACUGUUUUCCCCAUCGCCAUGGAGGCUUCUCUUGCUGCCUGCAUCCUCGCUGCUCUCCUGGCUAUGGGGGCCUGUCUGCAGUGUGAGGUUUGCGAUGGACCAGGAACCAGCUGCUCGGGCGACCUACAGGCCUGUGAUGCUGGGCAAGACACUUGUGGCAUCGCUUGGACAGACUCCACAUGGGUGGGAAGCAAGAGUCAGACAAUUAUCAAAAACUGUGUGUCCUCCAAUGUGUGUAAAGUCAGCCCCUUCUCCGCACACUUUGGCAACGCAGUGACUAGGACGAGCUUCAAAUGCUGUGUGGGAGACGCCUGCAAGGCCACCGAUAUUACAGUGCCCCCGGCUGACCCCACACCCAACGGCCGGCGCUGCCCAGCCUGCUACGCGUUGAACGCUGGUCGAUGCAAUGAGCAAACCAUAAAUUGUACUGGAUCCGAGACCCAGUGUAUUAAUGCUGCUGGGACUGUAACAAUUGAUGGACAUGAAAUGCAGACUGUCAUGAAGGGCUGCGCUUCCGAGUCCAUCUGCGUCAUGGCACAAGAGGCUUCAAGGAUGUUCACAGAUAUCAGGGCAGAUCUAACCAUGGCCAAAUGCACAGAGGCCUCCGGCGUGGCGGGCGGGGCUCUGGGACCAGCCGGGCUCCUCCUCCCGGCCCUCGCUGGGCUUCUGCUGAAGCUUCUCUCCUGAUUCCCCACCCGGUGCAACCGACACGCCGCACUGAAAUCCGCCCUGCAGUCUGCGUUAGCCGCUCUCCCUGCCAGGUGUUCUCGGCUCUCGGAU